AUGGUUUAUUGGUGGAUGCUGGGUGCCGAACCUACCGCCGAGGAGCCUGAAGGUGUGAUCGUCAAGAAUAGAAGGUCGCUCCAAGGCACACAUUGUACUGGAACCGAUUGCUGCACCACCUACAUUUCGGGCGAUCUACACCUUAACACUUGGAAAGGUGAAUCUUUUGACUGCCACGGAGAGGUAAUAGAGCCUGCAGGCACAACAGAUCGCGUGCUGGAAGUGCGACUUGGUCAUGGUGAAGGCUCCAUCGUUGGCCACAACCGUUCACGUUCGCACUACGACGACUUCUCCUUCAUUUCCAGCGCUGCCAUGCAAGUCGGACAGGACAUCUUGGAGGUCUCUGGAUGGGGCAACUACCUUUUCAACGGAGUAAACGGUGCUGGUACUUUGGGUCUGGGUGGAAACUCUGUCCCGAAUCUUCAGAAUGGAGGUCCCAUCACCUACAAGAUGGUGAACGAGAAGCAGCAUGUAUUCGACAUCAAGCUUGGUGAAGCAGUGUACCUCGAUUGGAUUUCUGUUACAUUGAAUGGAGGCCCAUUCGAUAACAUGGGCGACAGCGUCUUCUUAUGCAAAGGUCCGGCGCGGGUUCACAGCGUGUCAGCACGUGAUCACCCCCUAAUAACGGGCAAGUCCCCAGAACCUCUGCAUGCAUGCUCCGGCACACGCCACAAUAAUUGCAGAAGAAGACAGGAGGACAACCCAUUUUCUGGCUUCGGAAGAGUCGCUAUAUUAAGCCUUGUGUAUAGUAGAGAGAAAGUCAAGUGUGAUAUUGAAGGCUUUUUUUCAAUGUAA